CAGGAAGUAGGUGUUCAGAAUCACUGUUUUUUAGCCUCAUCUGGAUGUCUGACAUCAAUCCAUUUGUUCCUGCUCGCAUCCUCAGUCCUGUGGUCGCAUCAUCUGGUGCCGUUUAAAGACUUCAUGACAGAUGUUGGCAGAGGACAGGCACACAAUAGAUGUGUGAUGAGGCGAAAUGCAUUUGUUGUGAAGAGUAUUGAUUGUACACCAAGCUGGACUAUCAAGCAGAUAAAGAGGGCAACUGCCCUGCUGAUAACUGUUUCAAAAACAAAACCAGCGACCCUCUCCCCCUCCCCUCUUCGAUCCUGAUCUCUCCUCACGUAGCCUAAUGUGUUGCUCAUAUCAUCAAACUUAAAGUCCACGUCCGUGACCAGGAUUCAAACCAGAGGUAUAUAGAUCCGAAGACAAUCAACACUUUCAAAAAAAGUCACACUUCAGGGGCCGAAAGCGGCGCCAUUCAGUGCCAAACCUGCGGACUCCCCUGCAGACCAGUCCGCUCCACAAAUAUGCAGUACCGAUGGAGGUAGGCUACUAGUGACUCAUUCGUGCGCAAUGACAAUAAACAGGCAAGGCUUGCUUUAAAUGUCUGCUUAUCAAACCUUCUCCAACAAAAGCAAGGUCACCUUGUGUGGGGUCUAGCAGAGAUCUGAAGCUCAGGUCUGUUGUUUCUUCUUCAUCAUCUCGGAGUGUACCAAAGAGCGAAGCUCUCUCUCCUUCAGGACUUAAUUUGGUGGUAAAUUCACUUUUUUGGGGGACUGCACCUGUUCACCUGGACCCACAUCAUCACGGGUCGCAUUAAAGAAAAAAUAGUGACCAGGCUUUUUGAGGUGAAGACUUUGGCACAGGGUCUCUGGAGUGAUGGCGGCGUCUGCACCCUCCUCCUCUGGCGGCGAACCGGAUCCCAACUCGACAAAUUUACGACCACCCGGCUCAAGCUAUGAUGCUUGGUGUGGAGUUGCUCAUGGAUGUACUAGAAAAUUGGGAAUGAAGAUAUGUGGGUUUUUACAGAAGAACAACAGUCUGGAGGAAAGGAGCAGAAUUGUGAGUUCCUUCAAGGAGCGCGCAGCCAAGAACCUGCUCUCCUGCGAUAACACCGGAGGAGAUGCGCAUUUCAGACGCACGGAGACCGAUUUCUCCAAUCUGUUCGCCAGAGAUCUGUUGCCCGCCAAAAAUGGAGAAGAGCCAACCAUGCAGUUCUUGCUGGAGAUUGUGGAAAUCCUCACCAACUACGUCAGGAAGACCUUUGACCGAUCCACCAAGGUCCUGGACUUCCACCACCCCCACCAGCUGCUGGAGGGCAUGGAGGGCUUCAACCUGGAGCUCUCUGACCAACCCGAGUCUCUGGAGCAGAUCCUGGUGGACUGCAGGGACACUUUGAAGUAUGGAGUGAGAACAGGUCACCCCAGGUUCUUUAACCAGCUGUCCACUGGAUUAGACAUUGUUGGUUUGGCAGGAGAGUGGCUUACCUCAACAGCCAACACUAACAUGUUUACCUAUGAGAUCGCCCCUGUCUUUGUGCUCAUGGAGCAGCUGACGCUGAAAAAGAUGAGAGAGAUUAUCGGCUGGCCUGACGGAGAGGGCGAUGGGAUAUUUUCUCCAGGAGGAGCAAUCUCCAACAUGUACAGUGUGAUGAUUGCCAGAUACAAGUUCUUCCCUGAAGUCAAGACCAAAGGCAUGACAGCUGCACCCAGACUGGUCCUCUUCACCUCAGAGCAUAGCCACUAUUCCAUCAAGAAAGCCAGUGCAGCUCUGGGCUUCGGGACAGAGAACCUAAUUCUUUUGAACACAGACAAGAGAGGGAGAGUCAUUCCUGCUGAUUUGGAAGCCAAAGUCAUAGAGGCCAAGCAAAAGGGGUAUGUGCCGAUGUUUGUGAAUGCCACCGCUGGUACUACCGUCUAUGGAGCCUUUGAUCCCAUCAAUGAAAUUGCAGACAUCUGUGAAAAGUACAACAUGUGGCUUCAUGUGGACGGUGCAUGGGGAGGAGGUUUGCUGAUGUCCAGGAAACACAGACACAAGCUGAAUGGAGUAGAGAGGGCCAACUCAGUCACCUGGAACCCUCACAAAAUGAUGGGAGUGCCUCUGCAGUGCUCUGCCGUUCUGGUCAGAGAGAGGGGAUUAUUAACAGGCUGCAACUCCAUGUGUGCUGGUUACCUCUUCCAGCCAGAUAAACAGUAUGAUAUUACAUACGACACAGGUGACAAAGCCAUUCAGUGUGGGCGGCAUGUCGAUAUCUUCAAGUUCUGGCUCAUGUGGAAGGCAAAGGGAACAGUAGGAUUUGAGCAGCAUAUCGACAAGUGCCUGGAUCUGUCAGCAUACCUCUACAAUAAAAUAAAAAACAGAGAGGGCUUCGAGAUGGUGUUUGACGGAGAGCCGCAGCACACUAAUGUGUGUUUCUGGUAUACUCCACCGAGCCUUCGCAGCUUGCCUGAUGGUGACGAGAGGCGGGAGAGGUUGCACAAGGUGGCCCCAAAGAUCAAGGCAAUGAUGAUGGAGUCUGGGACUACAAUGGUGGGUUACCAGCCACAAGGAAACAAGGUCAACUUCUUCCGCAUGGUAAUCUCAAACCCUGCUGCUACCAGGUCAGACAUCGACUUCCUGAUUGAGGAGAUUGAGCGACUGGGGCAUGACUUGUAAAAGUCACACACCUGAACCCCCCCUCCAGACAUUUCCAACUCUGGAGAGACUUGAGCUUGACAUCAUGUCCCUUUUGUCUCAUAAAGACGUUGAUAUUUUUGCUUACAGGUCUUUUCUGGCAAUGCACAAGAAAUAAUACGC